AUGGACAACUAUGCAGGCAACCCUGCAUGGGAGAGCCUGAGACCCAAGACCAUUUCUCUUCCUGAGUGUGCCACACAGAUGUCUUUCUUCUUUGGUUUAGCAGCCAAUAACUGCUUCAUCAUGGCUGCCAUGUUCUAUGACCAUUAUACUGCCAUUCACGACCCACUGCACUACCCCGUCUUGAUGACCCAUAAGAUCUGCUUUCAGUUCAUCAUGGCCUCUUGGAUGGUUGGGUUCCUGGUUUCCCUGUGCAUCGUCAUCAUUGUGUUCAACUUGUCUUUCUGUGACUCCAACAUCAUCCAGCACUUCUUCUGUGACAUCUCAGCUGUGGUCUGCCUUGCCUGUGACUACACCUCCCGUCAGGAAAGGGCUAUUUUUGUGCUCUCUGCCUUUGUGUUGGUGGGCAGCUUUGUCUUCAUCACGAUGUCCUAUGUCUUCCUUGUGUCCACAGUUGUGAAGAUGCCCUCUGCCAAGGGGAGGGAUAAGGCCUUCUCCACUUGCUCCUCCCACCUCACUAUGGUGUGCAUACACUACGGACUUGCUGGCUUUGUCUACCUGAGGCCCAGGGACAGGGACUCGUUGCGUGAGGACAUGCUGAUGGCUGUCACAUAUACAGUGCUGACAACUCUGCUGAACCCCAUCGUGUACAGUCUCAGAAACAAAGAGAUGCAGAUGGCCCUGAGGAAGGUACUAGGCAAGACAGAUAGGCUCAUCCCUCAGAUGGUGAAUAAAAGGACACUGGACAUUUAA